GUCCAAAGUCCACCCUAAUUUCAAUACCGAUUUUGAAUAAAAGAAAGAGAGUAAGCCUCACUCAUGCUUGCCAACAAUUUCAAGCCAUCUUCUUCGCAAGGGGUCAGCGCGUGUUGUUUUCAGAGGUGUAAUGAGCAGCUGCCAGGGCAUGGAAUGGAAUGGCUAAACGGGGAAAACGAAGAGCUCGUGAGCGCUGACAGUUAUGGCAGACUUGCCCAAUUGAUUUUGGUUUCUACAAUCGGACUCGCCAGAUGUGGGAGAGAGAUCGUCAGACGGUGCCGAUGGGGACAUGGUGUUCCAGAUUUGCGCUGUUGAAAGCCUGUGCAGUUGGAGUGAACGCCGAUUGAUGCGAAGCAAUGUCGGUCGGUGGGUGAAUGGAUGCGCAGGCCUGACAGAAACCCGACAGUCGGUGCUGAGGUCCCCCUCGCUGGAUGACAUAAAAUUUUGAGUUCCGACAUGGGUAUACUUGGUUUGGAGGUGAGCGCGGAAGGAAAGGUAGAGAAAUUGCAGGAGUGGGAUUCGCGGGGGUUUAGUCGAAUGAAUAGGCUUCGAUGAGGAUGAGCGAGUUUUUAAGGGUUGUUGUUUUAGGCUGAGCGACCUUAUGCCUUUGACGAAGAACUUUUCAGAAAAUGCGCAUCGGCCUUUGUCAUUGCAGUUUGGAUUUUGGGGAGGCUUUUGUCAGCAAGCUUAGGGGUGGAAAAUUCUUCCAGCCAGGGCUGAAUUUUGGACUCGGGAUGCGAGCAGGUCUGGAAUUCUGCCUGAUUGAGCAGGACUCUCUUAUUAUUGCCGUUGUCAGCAACACGUGCAAUCAUGUAUUGCCUUUCCUGGAAUGAUGUUGUGCAUAUCCUUUGAUUACAUUUACAACUACACCCAGCUCAUCGACAUUGAUUUCUUCUAUUGUUCCAACAUCGGUCCUGAAUAAUGUAACUUAACAGUCCUAUUGCCAUCAAUGGUUCAAAUUUUUGCGGACUGAUGAAAGGGUUUGCAAUAAGUAAUGAGGCGCAGCACAUCAUAAUGAAUGUUGAGCGCAUUUUGAAGAGUUAAAUGAAAACGACCAUGGCUUCGAAACCGCCGCUUCCUUCUCCUGAUGCUGCUUCAGAAGGCAGCCAGAUUGAGGAGCUUCCAGAUGGCGUCUACCGGAAGGACCUCACUGAGGAUCAGUUGUCAGGAUUUUACGCAGCGGCGUACACGGAUCAUCAGCAGAUGAUUGAUUUCUUGGCAGACGUGAUGGGGCUGAGGAACAUUGCAUACAAGGCACUCAAUGCCAUAAUCGUGGACUACUUCUCUGGUUUCCUCUUGUUUGCAAAAGAGGCUGGAUUGUCUAUACCGACGACAUUUCACGUGUGGAAAUUGAGCCACGACGUGCUGGAUCACAUCAAGGAGGGUGCGUCCUUCGAGGAAGCUGAGAGACUCUUCAAAAAGCUGCUUCUGAAGCUGACAAUCAUUCAGAGGAAAGGGGACGUUCCUCAACUCACUGAUCUAGAAUGUCAGAAGAUUAUACCCUUUUUCACCACCACGGUUUUCCAGCACUACACUUUGUUGAGCCACUGCUUCAAUCAUGACCAUACGUACUGGUUCGAGAACGAGCAAGUGUGGGUGCAAACACCUCUCGUGUAUCCCCACAAUAUGUCCAGCACAAGAGACGAAUUAGAUCGGGAGAAGGCGGCAUGGGAAGCAUACGAGAUAGCAGAGGUGGUUCACAGUUUUCUAGACCACUUCACAUUCUGGGCGAUUGAAGAUAUCAUGAAACAACAAGUUCCAGGGGAUGUUGAUAUAAGGGGCUUAUCUCCAGACGAUUAUGUGAAGGCUGCGCCGGAGUCGCUUGAUCAAUGCAUCGAGCGAGCAUGUCGGCAUAGGAUAGAGGAAGCCACGAAGCUCGUCCAAGUCCAUUAUCAAAAGCGGGAAGAAAAACUGCUGUUGAAGCUUACAGAAUUGGAGGUGAAGUCGGGCUUGCACCAUCCAAGCUGCCGGCCAUGAAGCGUUCGGAAUCACCGGCGGCAGGUGCAUCUCCAUGAGACCCAGUAGCCUCAGCACCCAUGUGAGCAAUAUUGGCAGCUCUGGGAGCAGCUUCAAAAAGUAUCUCAAGUACCUCUCGGACCUGCAAGACAUUCCACCUACUGCAUCCUGUCACCCAGCAUUUCUUACAUUAUUAACAGUACCCGAAUUGGACAACCAAUGCGCGCGACAUCGUCUACGAUAAUGUCCACACCUACGAGUAGCCAUGGUACGACGCUAUUCCCAUGUCUACUCGUACUCGUGGGAAUGACUUACAGCUUCAGUGGAACCCAGACACUUCUACCAAGAACAUUCCGUCGAAACUUGUUUCAAGCGUGAAAAGAGUGAAGAAUGCAUUGAGUGGGUUCCAGAGUUUUCGUUCCUGUCUGUUUGAUUGCUAAUUUCAUUUUUUACGAUCCAUGCGGGAAGAGGAGGAGAAACAUGAAGAGGAAUUUUGCCUGGACUGAGACUCCCGUCAGGAUUUCCUUCCCUGAGCAAUCAUCCGGCAUUGUUCGCAUGGAAAUUGUGAGUCCGAUCCAAUCGCACAGUUACAGGGAUUAGAACAUCGUCCCACGAUGCCUCCGAUCGGGCUCCAACGCCCGCUCCUUCGAUCGACUUCUGCCGAGCUUAACGAUCGAGUUGGCCAUAGCUCGCUCUCUCUCCCCUCGCUCGGAAGAGACGAAUCAAGCUUUUUGGAAAAAGUUCAGGAGCGCUAUGAAAAAUUAGUAAAAAGUAAAAGUUUCUCCUAGAGAUUGGCUGGUGGCGGAAUAUGAAAUAUUUGUAUCUUUUGAUAUCACCAGCAAAAAUUUGAGGCACUGAGCACCAAAAAAAGUUCAUUUUACUCAA